AAAUAAUAAAAACAAACAAAAUGCUAAGCUUUCUACAGACCAAUCCUUUCACAGCACGGAAAAAUGGCUGAAGCUGUGAUGAGCUUCACGAUUAUCAAACCAAGAAUUCAUAACCCCUCUCUUCAUUGUCCAUCAAAACUUCCUAAACCACUCGGGCAAUGCUUAAAUUCUGCCUUUAGCCCUUGCAGUAGUUACCAGAUUGAAGGUGGGGGGAAGAGCAGAAGGGGUUGUAGAACAAGAGUGAAUGCAUUCCCAGGUUUGCAAUUGAUGGCAGUAAUGGUUGAACACUUGGAUGGCCAAAGGGACCUCGUCACUCACAAGUCUGUUUGGCAUCUAAGUGAUGCAGCCAUAAAAAAUGUUUACUCAUUUUACAUCAUGUUCACUAUUUGGGGAUGCUGCUUCUUUGGUUCUACUAAAGAUCCCUACUAUGAUUCAGAGCAGUAUAGAGGAGAUGGUGGGGAUGGUACUGGACAUUGGAUCUAUGAUAAGCAAGAAGACAUUGAAGAAAGAUCUCGGGCGGAGCUAUGGCGUGAGGAGCUGAUAGAGGAGAUAGAGCAGAAGGUUGAAGGGCUACGAGAGCUAGAAGAGGCUAAGGAAGAAGAGCUUGUCAAAUGAUCAUUUGUUUGACAUUAUAUUGUAAUUUUAAUUUCCAGAAACAUGUAUAUGAUGAUGCUACAAUCUUCUGUCCUCUCAUUUACCUAUAUUUCCACAAACAUAUACUGAAAUGCAAAUGCAAUACACCACAGGAAAACAACCAGAGUCCAG